AAUGCACCAUAACGUUGGAUGCCGACCGCCGAUAAACCCCACUGAAGAAGAAGAAUAACCACAGCAAACAUGGCAGACGUUCCAAGUAAUGCGCCACAGCACUGCCCCGGUACGGCCAGUGAGCAGGCAGGGAAGACGUCAGCGUGUCAGGGUUGUCCCAACCAGAACCUCUGUUCCUCUGGAGCCACUAAAGCACCAGACCCAGCCAUAGAGGAGAUCGCAGAGAAGAUGUUAACAGUGAAACAUAAGAUCUUGGUCCUGUCAGGGAAAGGAGGAGUGGGGAAGAGUACCUUCAGCGCACACCUGGCCCACGCACUGGCUAGCGACAGCACUAAAGAGGUUGCUCUCCUAGAUGUAGAUAUCUGUGGUCCGUCCAUCCCCAGGAUCAUGGGUCUGGAGGGAGAACAGGUCCAUCAGAGCGGUUCUGGCUGGUCUCCUGUGGUGAGUCUGUCUUCAAUAGACUACUGUCUGUCUGUCUGUCUGUCGUAGGUCCAUUAGAGUGGUUCUGGCUGGUCUCCUGUGGUGAGUCUGUCUUCAAUAGACUACUGUCUGUCUGUGUGUUGUUGUAGUUUGGACCAGGUACAUUUUUGGUGAUAAUUC